GACUCUCGUCCGGAGAAAGUUGUGCACCGCUUGUUGAAUGCAGGAUACUCAGCCAGAGCGUCUCUUCCAAGUUCAGCUUUGAAGCUCCAGCCAGCAAGGAGUGGGGACUCCACUCGUUCAAUCAACUCUCUCGCCGAAAUGAAAUCUGCAGAAGAAGAUGCAUUCAGCUACACGCCAAAUGUCACCCUGUCCCUUCCUCUCGGGAUGGGCAACCCAUGUCUGGCCACCCAAUACCACACCUUACAGUCCAGCCCGGUUAUCUCCGUUACAUCUUGCCAUCAGACAGGCUACAACUUCCAAAAUGACAACCUUGUAGCAUCAGGUUAUUACCUACCCCAUGGCCUGAGAACAAAUGGGGCUCCAGCCCUGGAAAGCCCUCGUAUUGAAAUCACUGCAUACAGCCAGUGCCCAGACGAUCAAGUAGAAGAAAGAAACUGUGAGGACCACAUCAACAAAAGAGGUGUUAACUCCAUUGUGACACUAACACUGCCCAAUGCAGAUGGCUACCGUGAUCCCAGCUGCCUCAGUCCUGCGAGCAGCAUUUCUUCACGCAGCUGUAACUCUGAAGCAUCCUCCUACGAGUCUGGCUUUUACAACUAUGACAACUCUCUACAGAAUUCCCCCUGGCAGUCUCCCUGCGUAUCUCCCAGAGGCUCAUCUUCACUUUUGUCCUGCCCGCAUGCCAGCGGACCUGCAGCCUCCCCUCACAAUUCGCCCUCCACAUCCCCACAGAUUGGAGCAGUGGCUGAGGAAGGCUGGCCAGCUCAGCCUCGUGACUCCAGGGCUAACUCUCCUUCCUUCGGUGGAGGAGGUGGAUGCAACAAUAUCAGCAUCGCUGGAGUGGGGAAGAGAAAGUACAGCUUCCAUGACACUCCCUACCGCCAGACUUCAUGUUCACCUCACCAAUCUGCCACCCCCUCCCCACAUGGCUCCCCUAGAAUCAGUGUCACAGAUGAGAACUGGCUUGCCAAUGCCAACCAGUACACCAACUCUGCAAUUGUGGCUGCUAUCAAUGCUCUGACCACAGAUGGAGUGGUAGACAUGGGAGAAGGGAUCCCGAUAAAGACACGCAAGAUAGUCGAUCAUUCACCUUCCAUGAGCCUCAAAGUGGAGCCUAGUGGAGAGGAGAUCAGUCAUGAAGGGGAGAUUACCCCAGAGGACUAUCCUUCUCGCCUCGUUUUAAAGAAGGAGAACUACUGUGGAGGAUUUCUGGAGGUGCCCCAGCAUCCCUACUCUUGGUCUAAACCCAAGCAUUACCUCAGCCCAUCCCUGCCAGCGCUUGACUGGCAGCUUCCGUCCUGCUCCGGUCCAUACAGUUUACAGAUCGAGUUACAGCCAAAGUCCCACCACAGGGCCCACUAUGAGACUGAAGGCAGCCGUGGGGCAGUCAAGGCUCUGUCUGGAGGCCACCCAGUUGUCCAGCUUUAUGGCUACAUGGAAAGUGAGCCCCUCACCCUACAGCUGUUCAUAGGGACUGCGGACGACCGCCUCCUGCGCCCCCAUGCCUUUUACCAGGUUCACCGCAUCACUGGCAAAACCGUCUCUACUGCCAGUCAUGAAGUCCUGCAAUCCAACACCAAAAUUCUGGAGAUCCCACUGCUUCCUGAAAACAACAUGAGGGCUAUAAUUGAUUGUGCAGGCAUCCUAAAACUGCGCAACUCAGACAUUGAGCUUCGCAAAGGGGAAACAGAUAUUGGACGUAAAAACACCCGAGUGAGGUUGGUGUUCCGAGUGCACAUCAACCAGCCCAAUGGCAGGACCGUGUCCUUACAAGCUUCCUCGAACCCCAUUGAGUGUUCCCAGCGCUCAGCACAGGAGCUUCCCUUGGUGGAAAAGCAGAGUAUGGACAGCUACCCUGCAACUGGAGGCAAAAUGAUGGUCCUGAGUGGUCUCAAUUUCCUCCCUGACUCAAAAGUGGUGUUCGUGGAAAAGGCCCAGGAUGGUCAUCAUCUGUGGGAGACGGAAGCCAAAGUUGACAAAGACUCUGUCAAAUCUAAUUCACUUUUUGUUGAGAUUCCACCAUACCGAAACCAGAGAAUAUCCAACCCGCUGCUGGUGAACUUCUACGUUUGCAAUGGCAAGAGGAAGAGGAGCCAGUACCAGAACUUUACCUAUCUUCCUCCCAGUGUGCCGAUGAUAAAGACAGAACCCAGUGAUGAAUAUGAUUCUUUGGGGACUUCAGUGCUGCCAAUGCAUUCAAAGUCCUACUUCAGUCAUCCCAGACUUAAUCCCAUAAUGCCUGUCGCCGAUCAUGAUGCUUGUCUGGCUGGUGGCUACCCUCCCUGCCCCUCUCUCAAUGCUUCCAUACCGUCAUCGUCCCCCAAUUCCAGCCCAACCCUGCACGACCUUUCCCCUGUUGCAUUCAGCAAGUGCCUCCCAAAUAGUCCCACCCAUGCAGCACCUUCAGGUCAGCUGGUGACUACCUUCCAGGAGAAUGGCAGGCCAAUACUUACCCACCCAGCAUCUCCUGACCACAGCUCUCCCCUAGGUAUGCUCCAAACUCAGGGAAGUCCCAGUCACCUCAACAGUCCAGGAACCCAUGGAUUCCAGCCUACCUAUGCCAACAGCAGCCCUUCAUCCUCCCCAGCCUCCCAUGCUUCUACUCCCAGUGGGAAUGCAGAGAGUCCAUUUAUUCAGGCCUACAGCCCCAGCCAGGGCAGGGCAGCAGCCACCUCAGCCCAGGCUGGAGGGAACUCACCCAGCCUGCUUCAUGAGGAAUUAAGUCCACCUGCCAUCACCGUCAAACAAGAACCCCAAGAACUGGACCAGAUGUACCUAGAUGAUGUUAACGAGAUCAUCAGGAACGACCUUUCCAGCAUUUCCGUUCACACUCAUGCAUAGAACAUUGAUCAAGUUUUGUGCAGCAGCAGUAAACACACACACACACACACACACACACACACAACUAUCAACAAUACAAAUGAGAGAGGACCCAGAAGAUGAAGAAGAGUCACCCCCACCAGGAUCCUAUCGGUUCAAAGUUGCGAUCAGUUCCUUCUUCCUCAAAGACUCUCUGCAGAUUCACAUUGACUGCCUGGCACAGUUUUACUAUUACAAUUAUGUAAGUAUAUACUGUAUGUAAUAUUAUUUGUACAAACGGGAAGUGAUAAUGAGGGCAACACUUGCCUUAAAUGACAAAUGACAAUCUUCAUUUGGAGUGUCAUCUUGAUGCUAUGUUCAUAGAUGGGACAAUAAUAACUGUCAUCCGUCAUCACUUUGUUUCAUUUUUGCUGUCAAGACUACAGAAACUGAAUUGGUGCCUUACUUGUAGUGAAGAUGACAGAUAGCUGCAAGCAUAGAAAUGCAAAUUAUGGUAAAUUAUAACCCAAGUGCAACGUUUUUAUAUUGACUUUUGUAUCAUUUUGAUGAUUUGUCUAUCGGGAAAUUGACAAAGGUUGGAAAUGACAUAGGGAGUAUGUGAACAAAUAGAUUUUUUUUUUGUUCUUAAUUCUCAUUGUUCAUUUUUACUGAAUGUUAUGUAUUAUAUUAUUUUGUAUAAACACAAAUUUAACAUAUGCCUUAUGCUUUUUCUACUCAUUUUGCUAAAA